AUGACAAGUUGUUACGACGCCAGUUUUGACCGCUAUAUACAAAAAACAGAUGACUCAAAGUCUCAUAAACUCAAAAAUGCCUUCUGGACUACAAAACAGGUGGUGAUAACGAAAUUGCGUCGAAAACAAGAUGAGAAUAUAGUGGCCUCGGAUUCUGAUCUGGAUGCUAAGUUGGAGCUCUUAAAAUCUGUUCAAACAACUUGUCGGGAUCUCGAUAGUAUUUUAGGUCGUUACCAAAGGACAAUAUGCUAUUUGUCACAGGCUGAAAACGAAAUGGGACGCUUUUUGAAGCAGUAUAGUCUUGAGGAUAAGACGCAAGCAGGAAAAAUCAUGUCUGCUGUUGGAAAAGCACUUAGCAGUUCGGCACAACAAAGACUUGCUCUACUCAACCCUCUUGACCGUGUUCAUCAAGAGGUAAAGACAUUCAGACAACGUGCAAUUACGGAUACAUUAAAUACAGUCAAACGUAUGGAACAUGGUCGCACUGAAUAUCGUGGUGCGCUAUUAUGGAUGAAGAAUGUAAGCAGUGAAUUGGAUCCAGAUACUUAUAAACAAUUAGAGAAGUUCCGAUGUGUACAAGCACAGGUCCGUAAAGCGAAAGCGUCGUUUGAUCGUCUUAAGGUGGAUAGUAUGCAGAAGGUUGAUUUAUUGGCAGCUAGUCGAUGCAAUAUGUUGAGUCAUGUGCUUGUUGGCUAUCAAAACACAUUAUUAGUCUUUUUAGAGAAGACAUCCCAUAUGAUGGUGGCAGUGGCAGAAAGUUUCAGAGGUUAUCAAUACUAUGAAUUUUCAGUUCUUCGACAUUUGAGACCAGAAAGUCGUAAACUAGCCGGAUAUAAAGGCGACGACGUUAAUGAAUGGCGGGAUGAUGAAACCAAAUCAACGACUGACACAAAAGACAAUACUAAUAGUAGCAAUAAUAAUAACAAUAAUUCUACUACUGACAAACAUGAAACCCGUGAAAUAAAUUUAAUUGCCAAUGAAGAAGAAUUAGAUAAACGAUUAGAUGAAAUAUUUCGUGAAAAUAAUCCCAACAGUAGUAAUCAAAAUAUUACAGACAUCAAUUCAACUGGACACACUUAUAGUGAAGAAAUGUUGAAAAAUAUAAAUCUUAGAACUGACGAUAAUCAAGAUGGUAAUACUGAUUUCUUAUCUGAGUCAAAUGAAAAUGUUCCCGCGGAACACAGAGAUUUGUUUUCUGAUUUAUUUUCUAUGGAUACGAAAAAUGAUAAGUUUGUGGGACAGUCCUCUGGAGUAGAUAUUCCAUCUUUUGAUUCAACGAAUAAAAGUGGAUUAUUCGCUGCUGAAUGGGAUGCUGUGUUUGGAGAAUUCGAUCGGCAACCUAGUCAAAAUGAUGAUUUUGGGCCUAUGCAAAGUGUCGAGUCGAAAGAGACUUUUAAAACGCCUAUGCUACCAUCGCAUUUAUUAGAUAAACAAUUCCAAGACUUGUUUAAUCCAAUGAAUACUAACAACAAGAGUGUCAUCCAGCCAAUUAAAUCGACUAUGGAUACUUUUAGUCAAAAUAUCGUUGAUAAUAAUAAUAAACCUGGAAAUCUGCCUAAAGAAGCUGAGAAUCCUUUGGCCACUGGCUCACAUGCUACAAAAGUACCAUCAAAGCAGCCGCCUACAAAUUUGGAUGCUUGGAUGAAUUUAUUUGCUGAUCUUGGUGCGAUCGGCAAUCCUGAUUCAAUAUCAAAAAAGGAUGGUCAGAUUACAGAUGCCUGA